GCCGCUCUCGUUCAACUUCCGCCGUGCAGUUCUGAAAAUAAGGCGGAAAGAAGAAUGUGGGGUUAAGGACUUGUGAGCGUGGCGGUGGGCAUGUGAUCCCUCAGCUGUAAGGGCCGCUUGGAGCAGGGGAGAGUGGCGAAGUAAAUGAGUUGCCCAUCUACUGGAAGCUGGCUGUGCAAUGAAUACUCUUCUGGCAAAAAAGAUCAUCAAAGGAGUUAUAAUCUUGGAAGUUUUUGGAUUUGGUGGAGCCUAUAUGCUGUAUUACAAAAUGGAUGGAAGUCAAGAUUUCAGGCAAAAAAUGAAAAAGAGAUACCCAUCGAUCCUGGAAGUUUAUUACAAAUGCAAUGAAUCGGCUGGUAUUUAUGGCCUAAGGGAAAGAGAUGAAGAGACAUGGCUAAGCAGUAAAAACUAGCUUGGUUUGUGCCGGAACGUCUUUUUCUGCCUGAUGAUACUUUUCACAUCUUUAUUGUGAAUCCACCUAUCAUGCUCUGCUUCCCACUUGAGCUGUUUGAAACCUAGCGAAGAAAGAUACAAAUCACAGAAGUUAGCAAAAUAGUAUUGUCCUUUGAAAAAAAACUGACACUGAGAUCUUGACCUGACCACUGUCUAAGCCAAGUGUUUCAAAAGGCAUAAAUAAAGCAUGCAUAACUAGUU